AUGUCUCAGCUGCGAGAAAUUGCAUAUGACUGUGCAUUGUAUCUAGCAGAGCACCCCAAUGAACUACUUCACCAAUUACCCAUGACACUAUUCAAGGCUGCGGUCUAUCUCACUAACGCAGGUGUGGUCCAGUAUACCCAGCACGCCAUUGAAGGGAUCGAAUAUCUUUCGAGAGUGAUACCUCUUUCCGUUGCAAUUGAAAAAGAAGGGAAGAUGUUUUUUUUGAGUUUUUAUGAUCCGGUGGCUUUGAGGAAAUGGGUCAAUUCUUCAGUGCCCGUCACUGGGCUUGACAUGUCGCUCGCAUUAAAGCCAAGCAUUGGAAGCAACGAGAUAUUAGCAAAUGAGCAAGGAGCAGAGAAUAAUUCUGAUGGUCUGAGUCCGGUAGGGUCUUUGAUGCGAGAGCUCGAUCCGGAGAAGCACCCUAGCUUGGAGGGUCUUUCUAAAGAGCUCGCGUCCUUGAUUUUGGAACCUACUGCCAUGAACCGUCAGACUAUAAUGAAAGCACUUGAAGCGACUCCAAAUGGUGAGUUCACUUUAAUUUGCAAUAAGCCAUACUGCAGCCGAAUGAGCAGUGACUGUGCAACCAAAGUACACUUUGAACGAAUAAUCACCCCGUCAACAGAUAUCAAUUUGGGCGAUUGCUCCUAUCUCGAUACAUGCUACAAGGGGAAAAGCUGUAAAUACGUUCAUUACAAGGUCUUGCCGCCCUCCAAACCGACCUUGUACCGUACCCCGGAUUUCGGAAUGCGGACACCAGCUCAAACCAAACCCCAGCAUAUUCAGUGCGACAUUCGCAAGCUUGAUUUCUCGAAGCUGGGCAAUCAAUACGCAGUUAUUAUCGUGGAUCCACCUUGGGAUAUUCACAUGAAUAGCAACAGCACCAGCUCUGAAGUUUCUAUCAAUGAUAACGAAGUGUUGAGCUUAGAUGUGGGGAGGUUGCAGGACGAAGGUAUCAUAUUUUUAUGGGUCACAGGCCGUGUGUUGGAUCUGGGGAGGAAAUGCCUAUACCAAUGGGGAUAUAAACAUAUUGAAGAAAUUAUUUGGUGCAAAACAAAUCAACUUGGUCGAACUAUCUGUACCGGUCGAACGGGGCACUGGCUGAACCACAGCAAGGAGCAUUGCCUUGUAGGACUAAAGGGCGACCCCUCAUGGAUCAAUCGCCAAGUAGACACUGAUACCAUCGUUUCAACAACGCGCGGGAAAUCCCAAAAACCCCAAGAACUCUACGGAAUUAUCGACCGGAUGGUUGGGCCUAACUCCAAGAAAAUCGAAUUGUUUGGCCGUAAAAACAAUCUACGUCCAGGUUGGCUCACUGUCGGUAAAGAGCUGCCCGGAACAAACGUUUUCGAUCCUAGUCUUUCAGAAUUCGCCAAUACUUAA